UUUGUGAUUUCUUCGACAUCAAAACACUGGCUAAGUAAACUUUAAAGCAGGUUUUCCCCAAAGCUCUGCAGGUCAGCGAUGGAAAACAGCUCAUUCCAGUGGUCUCCAGCCAGUGCCAUCCUGGAGCAGAGAGAAUGUGCCAACAAUAUGCCCAAGCAAGUGGAAGUGCGCAUGCACGACAGCCAUCUCAGCUCAGAGGAGCCGAAGCAACGACACCUGGGCCUGCGCUUGUGUGACAAGCUGGGGAAGAACCUCCUGCUCACACUGACGGUGUUUGGUGUCAUCCUGGGGGCAGUAUGUGGAGGGCUUCUUCGCUUGGCCUCUCCCAUCCACCCUGAUGUGGUUAUGUUGAUAGCCUUCCCGGGGGACAUACUCAUGAGGAUGCUAAAAAUGCUCAUUCUUCCCCUCAUCAUCUCCAGCUUAAUCACAGGGUUGUCAGGCCUGGAUGCUAAAGCCAGUGGUCGCUUAGGGACGAGAGCCAUGGUAUAUUAUAUGUCCACGACGGUCAUCGCUGCUGUGUUGGGUGUCAUCCUGGUCUUAGCCAUCCACCCUGGGAAUCCCAAGCUCAAGAAGCAGCUGGGACCUGGGAAGAAGAAUGAUGAGGUCUCUAGCCUGGAUGCCUUCUUGGAUCUUAUCCGAAAUCUCUUCCCUGAAAACCUGGUCCAAGCCUGUUUCCAGCAGAUUCAAACAGUGACGAAGAAAGUCCUGGUGGCCCCUCAGCCAGAGGAGCCCAAUGCCACCAGCACUGUCGUCUCCCUGUUGAACGAGACUGUGACGGAGGUCCCUGAGGAAACUAAGAUGGUUCUCAAGAAGGGCCUGGAGUUCAAGGAUGGGAUGAAUGUCUUAGGUCUGAUAGGGUUUUUCAUUGCCUUUGGCAUCGCAAUGGGGAAGAUGGGUGAGCAGGCCAAGCUGAUGGUGGAGUUCUUCAACAUUCUGAAUGAAAUCGUAAUGAAGUUAGUGAUCAUGAUCAUGUGGUACUCUCCCCUGGGUAUCGCCUGCCUCAUCUGUGGGAAGAUCAUUGCCAUCAAGGACUUAGAAGUGGUUGCUAGGCAACUGGGGAUGUACAUGAUAACAGUGAUUGUGGGCCUCAUCAUCCAUGGGGGCAUCUUUCUCCCCUUGAUUUACUUCGUAGUGACCAGGAAAAACCCUUUCUCCUUCUUCGCUGGCAUCUUCCAAGCUUGGAUCACUGCCCUGGGCACUGCUUCCAGUGCUGGAACAUUGCCUGUCACCUUCCGUUGCCUGGAAGAAAAUCUGGGGAUUGAUAAGCGUGUGACCAGAUUCGUCCUCCCAGUUGGAGCAACCAUCAACAUGGACGGCACAGCCCUUUAUGAAGCCGUGGCUGCCAUUUUUAUAGCCCAAAUGAAUGGCGUUGUCCUGGACGGGGGUCAGAUUGUGACUGUAAGCCUCACGGCCACGCUGGCAAGCGUUGGUGCUGCCAGUAUCCCCAGCGCUGGGUUGGUCACCAUGCUCCUCAUUCUGACAGCUGUGGGCCUGCCGACAGAGGACAUCAGCUUGCUGGUGGCUGUGGACUGGCUACUGGACAGGAUGAGAACUUCGGUCAAUGUUGUGGGUGACUCGUUCGGGGCUGGGAUUGUCUAUCACCUCUCCAAGUCCGAGCUGGAUACCAUUGACUCCCAGCACCGAGCGCAUGAAGACAUUGAGAUGACCAAAACUCAGUCCAUUUAUGAUGACAUGAAGAACCACAGGGAAAGCAACUCUAACCAGUGUGUCUAUGCGGCACACAACUCUGUCAUAGUAGAUGAGUGCAAGGUAACUCUGGCAGCCAACGGAAAGUCCGCCGACUGCAGUGUUGAGGAAGAGCCUUGGAAACGAGAAAAAUAAGACUAUGACCCUCAGCACAUUCUUGAAUAAACUCCCCAGCGUAUCUUAUGGUAAAAGAUGACAUAAGCUUUCUUUAAAAAGGAAAAAAAAAAAGCAUCUAUCUCUAUGUUUACUUAAUCUGUUAGCUGAGGUUUAGAGGAGCCGUUGGUGAGUCCGUGAUGCCAGGCACGGUGCUGUGUCUUUGCCAAAUAACACUUCAUAACUGGCUAAUUUUCUCACUUGUGUUAUUGUUUGAAUGAAUGUGCUAGAGGGCUCCCCUGUAAAUUGAAGACACAUUCUUGCCAGCUUCCCCUCUCUCUCAGUGUAGAACUGUGGAUGCUCUUUUCCCAAGGGAUGUGUCAAAAGCAGUGCGGUACACUCCGGGGACUUGGGACAAUGACCAUGCACACAGUGUGUUAUUCUUUAAAGUGUUCCUGCCUCGCCUUGUUGUGCCCAAGAGAUUCUGCUAGAAGCCUCUAGAAGUAGCUCCUUUUCAGUACCUUACAGAGUUUGCACAUGCGCUGAUUAAAAGUGAGUGUCUAUGUUAGGGAACUCAAGCUUCUUACCUUCUGUGUGUUCUUUGAGUUACAUGUUUCAAAGAGAGUUGUAGUGGGAGCCAUACCCUUCAGACAGCUGAUUAUGGAACCCACUGCCUCUCUGCUCUCCUCCUAAAUUUGUGUGAAUAAUGGAUAAAAUUUCCAAAUAUGUGUCAUAGUUCUAAGUUUAACAUCGGGUUAGGAAGUAUUUUACAACCACUAUAAAUAUAUUAACAGAAUUAAUGGAGUGCAGAUGACAUAAAUUUUAACCAGAUUUAACCACCCAAAUUCAUUUGCAUUUUAUUUGCAUUUAUUCAGCACAGUAAAAUCAAGUGAGGUUA